ACAUUUUAGUAUAAUUUGUUGGAAGUAAGCGUGUGCUGAAACUUAAAAGUUCUCUUUUACGUAGUUAAGUCUGGUGGAGAGGGAGAGCUUCCACUAGGGAAAAUGCAGAUUUUUGUAAAAACAUUAACGGGGAAAACUAUCACCCUUGAGGUAGAACCCAGUGAUACCAUAGAGAAUGUGAAAGCAAAGAUCCAGGAUAAGGAAGGUAUUCCUCCUGACCAGCAGAGACUGAUCUUUGCUGGAAAGCAGCUGGAAGAUGGCCGAACUCUGUCUGAUUACAACAUCCAGAAGGAAUCUACUCUUCACUUAGUUCUAAGAUUAAGAGGUGGUGGCAAGAAACGCAAGAAGAAGAACUACACCACUCCCAAGAAAACCAAACAUAAGAAGAAGAAGGUGAAACUUGCUGUGUUAAAGUUUUAUAAGGUGGAUGAAAAUGGGAAGAUCACUCGGCUGAGACGUGAAUGUGACAAUGAAGAGUGUGGAGCGGGUGUGUUCAUGGCUUCUCACUUUGAUAGGCAGUAUUGUGGCAAAUGCUGCCUGACCUACGUUUAUAACAAACCAGAAGACAAGUAACCUUGUUUGAAUGUAAACUUUCCAGGAAAAUAAAGUAUAUGUAUUUGAU